AUGGCCUCUCAGCAUAUGACCAAGGCUGCUCCUCCAUUGACACCAACCUUCCUCGUUCUGACGUUUCCGGCCCCUCGUAUCGUCCUCAUCCGCAUGAACCGGCCUGCGGCCCUCAACGCUAUGUCAACUGCGGCUCAGUGGGAGAUGGAUGCCAUCUGGAAGUGGUUUGAUGACGAGCCAACGCUCUCCGUCGCCAUUAUCACUGGUACGGGCCGCGCGUUCUCUGCAGGCGCCGACCUCAAGGAUUGGAACAACAGCAUGGACAGCAAUGCUGACCCCAGCAAGAGAAUGGGCAAUACGCCCGCGUUCACCCCAUUGAGUCGUCGCCUGGGCAAGAAACCCGUCAUCGCAGCAGUCAACGGCCUCGCCAUGGGGGGCGGCUGCGAGUUCGUGGUCAAUUGUGACCUGGUCAUUGCGGCUGAGGAGGCCGUCUUUGGACUGCCUGAAGUCAAGCGAGGCAUUGCGGCAAUUGGAGGUGCGCUACCUCGCUUGAUACGGACUAUCGGCCUCCAGAGAGCAAGCGAAUUUGCCUUGACCGGAAGAAACGUGACGGCCAGGGAGAUGGAGGCAUGGGGCAUAGUGAACAAGGUUGUGUCUCGAGAAAGCCUCAUCGAAGAGGCCGGUUUCUGUCUUUCGGCAAUUUCCGCCUACAUCUUUCUUAUCUUGCCAACUAAUGUCCUGACGUACAUCAACGCCGACAUUGGACCGAGCCCCUACAUCUCAUGGGUCAAUAUCGCCAGGACCCUCGGCCUUUCUUUCUGCUACACCAUUCUCGGCCGCCUUUCAGAUCUCUUCGGUCGAAGAUGGUUUUUCAUCGGCGGAAACUGUGUAGCCCUAAUCGGAAUCAUAGUUUGUGCAGCUGCGCCGAAUGUUAACAGCCUCAUCAUCGGUGCCGCGAUAUAUGGUGUCGGAGAGACUGUGCAACUCAGUUUCAACGUAGCCAUCGGCGAGCUGGUGCCAAACAAAUACCGACCCAUGGUGCUUUCGUUUGUCUUCCUGACCAAUGCGCCCAUCGCCACCUUUGGUCCCAUCAUCGCCCGCAAGUUCGUGAACACACCUAGCCUUGGGUGGCGCUGGUGCUUCUACAUCAAUAUUAUCUGCGUUGGCUUAACAAUCAUUUUGCUGUACUGUUUCUAUCACCCGCCCACGUUCAAUCUAUUGCACGAGCGUAAGACCAAGAGACAGCUGAUGAGGGAACUUGACUAUCUCGGGAUCUUCCUAUGGACGGCGGGUCUGACCCUUCUCUUGAUGGGUGUCUCCUGGGGUGGCAACAUGUACCCCUGGAAAUCAGCAGCAACGAUUUCGAGCCUGAUCAUCGGCGCGAGUCUCCUUGUGGCGCUAUUCUUUUGGGAGGGCUAUGCGGACCUGAAAUAUCCUGCCAUCCCCAUCAAGUUUUUCCUUAAUCGUGGCUGGUUUAGUCUGGUCAUAUGUGCGACCGUCGCAAGUAUGUUUUACUACUCGGCUGUCCUGCUCUGGCCUCAACAAGUUCAGGCACUGUACACGCGAGAUAUCACAUACGCUGGAUGGCUUUCCACCACCGUGGCGAGCUCUACAGCACUCGGGCAAAUUGUAGCUGGCGCCAUCGUCAAGUGGGGAGGCAAUGUCCGGUACUGGAUCAUCUUCUCGACGUUCGCCAUGGUGGGCUUCGUAGGCGCUUUAGCGUCCCUGACCCCUGAGACGAAGAACACUGGAAUCGCCCUGACCAUCAUUGGUCCUUUCUUUGUCGGUUUCAUUGAAUUAGCAGCUCUGGCCCUGGCACCUCUGUAUUGUAAGCCGGCAGACAUCGGCCUUGCGUCGGGUCUCUUGGCAUCGAUCCGGUCAGCAGGAGGUUCCGUCGCGGUCGCCGUUUAUACGACCAUCCUAGCUAACCGACUCUCGACGACCAUCCCAUCGAACAUCGCCGGGCCAGCGAUCGAGGCUGGUUUACCGGCGGACCAGGUUGGUGCUCUAGCCGCUGCUGUGCGCGCCGGUAAGAUGGCCACUUUUCCAGGUAUCACCGACUCGAUUCAGGAGGCUGUGCGGUCUGUUCUGCCUGUAGCCUAUUCACAGGCAUUCAAGACGGUGUAUCUGGCAAGCCUUGGGUUCGGUGGCAUUGCCAUAGUCGGUUGCCUAUUCUCGAAGGACGCGCAGAAGCACCUAACAGACCGUGUUGAAAGGCGAAUGGGAGAUGGGAAGAGGAAGCCAGAAUUGGAGGCGAAAACGGUUGACGAUGAUCCUCGUCGGGAAUCAAGGGAGAUCCAGGAAGGUGCCUAG